AUGAGGGCGCUGGUCCUUCUCAUGAAUCCAAACCACGACAAAAUGUUUGGCUGGAAUUUCCUCUAUCUCUUGGAGAGCCCUAACGGGACUAUAGAGUUUCGGAGGGGUGCUGCAAGUACGUCUGCGCAAAGCGUUUUUGUCUGCAUAGAAGUGGCAAUGUCGUUUAUAGAAGCCGCGAUUCGUCUAGGCGACCCUCAGAAACUUGAGAAGACCCCCGCGACAGUUGGUGGCCUCAAGUGGUUUAUUAGGGCUGCCAAACUUCCAGAAAACAUCCCGGGAUUAUAUGACUCUAGGUAUCUCAACCACUUCUUUUCUGGCAAGAGCGACGGUGCCCUUCGUGAGCCAAAGCCUCUCGGGAAUCUGUCAGACGAUCGUCUCAACAAGCUCAAGAAAAAGAAAGACGAAGAUAAGAAGAAGAACGUUGCUAGAGCAAAGAUGCUCCAAGAACCAUACUGGAGCUAG